AUGGUCACCCGCGCCGAAGCAGAACAACUUCUGAAAUUCCUUGACAAAGAUAAUAGUGAUAUCUUUUGCGAAUCAGUUAGUCAAACAAUCUCUGAAAAUAUGGGUGUAGAUUACUUAUCUAUUCUUGAGAAGAAUUUUGACACAAUAGACAGAAACCAAAAUGGUUGGCUGAAUGAGAAGGAAAUUCGUGAUUGUCUGAUUUCGUUUGGAUUUGAUCCACACUAUACCGAGGAGUUUAUGAUGAAUUUUGAUACUAAUAAAGAUGGAAGAGUAACUAAAAAAGAAUUCCUUGAGGCUGCUAAGCAAAUGCGGGCUGGAAAGAUAACUGAAGCAGAAAUGCGUUCAGCAUUCAAAAAUGCGGACAAAAACAAAUCUGGCCGGAUCGAUAUUUAUGAGUUGAAGGACUUCUUAAAAUGUCGAAAGAAUGUUGUUCCUAUGGAAGUCUGUUCCAAAUGGAUAAUUCAGAAUGACAGAAAUGGUGAUGGAAAGUUGGAUUAUGAAGAGUUUCUGAGUUUUAUCCGGUCAAUGCUUUGA